UACGAAGGUUUCGCAAUGAUCCCUCAUGUUUAUAAGGAAUCAAACAAAGUUAAAAUACGGCUGAUAAUUUAGUAAUCAAACAAUUGUAUCUUUAAAUCUAGAUCAAGCCAAUUUGAAAGCCAUCCUUUAACAUCUGAUCAUUAACAAUGCAAUUGGCUUUGUAGUUGAGAAAACACUGAGCUGGAGAUACCACCCGCGGUAACUUCUAACUUGGCACAGAUUUUCAAAAUGUUCAGUUCUGUUAAUACAGCUUCCAUCGAACACCAGCUUGAAGCUUUGGUGCUCAUCGGAAAAGCGAAGGAAGGGCAUGCCCAAAAUUUGUCAAAUAGGUCGUCAAGUAAUACAGUCUACACAGAAGCAGUUGGGCGUCCAGGACAGAGACGCACCUUGACACUUGCGCAGAAGGGCCGAGAAGGUUUGUUAAGUCGACUGGCGGAGGUCGCGUCGGAAGUCAUUCGUGAGCAACAGAGCUUGAUUGAACUGCCUCAAACGCAGAACAUUUUGGUUCACCCAAAGCAAAGCAUUGAGCUGAAAAAUAUCUGCAGCAGAAUGGCAUUGCAGGUGAAGACGAGUCACACAGACAGAAAUCUGAAGGACCUCCGAGACUGUUUGAAAUCUAUUGCUGAAACUCUCCUGUCAUCAUUAUCCAACUCCAGCACUGAACAGCAAAAAUUGGCUGCUAGGAAUCUUGGGAAGAUGCUAAGUAGUUUUCCAGAACUCUAAAAGUUUGAUAGCACAAUUUGACAAAUGAGUUGCUGUGGUAGUUUUUAUUUCUUGUUCUUUUAUGAUACGUUUUAUGAACUCUGCUUUUAAAAUGAAUAGAUGCAUUUGAUGUUGAUGACACUGUUAUGUAGAUCAUUGCCAAUUUUUUGGGGGCGGCUGGAGGAAGAAGCCAAAAAAAGUUAUUUUACUUUUAAGGAUCCAGCUGUGUGAGAAAUUGGUCAUGGUGAUUUUGGAAUCCUAUUUGAAUAAUUCUCUCUUGUUCUUUUUGAACUAGAUUCUAAGUGUUUAUUUAUAUCAGAUGGAUUGUUUUAUGAAAGAACACCAUGUGCUUCUGUUUUGCGUGUAAGCUCAUAAAUGUGACUGGGGAAAAAUGUAUUAGAACACACUUGUCUUUGCUCAUUAUAACCAGAUGCCAGUAUAAUGAAGCUUUGACAUGAUUUUAAUUGAAGUGAGACUGCAGUUAAUGAAAAUUGCAUCUUAAUCAUCAAAUUGUCACAAGUUCUAAAAUUUCUUAUUUAACAGGAAAUAUAUAUU